UAUUUUGGUCGGAUCUGAACUGAAGUGAAUAAAGAAAUAGAAUUUUAGAAAUAAGGAAUAAACCAUGGAUAAAUCCAAGCAAUCUUUUCGUAAAUCCAAGCGAUCUUUUCGUAGGCGUUUGCCCCCAAUUGGAUCGGGGGAUCGAAUCGAUUAUAGAAACAUGAGUUUAAUUAGUCGAUUUAUUAGUGAACAAGGAAAAAUAUUAUCUAGGCGGGUGAAUAGAUUGACUUUGAAACAACAACGAUUAAUUACUAUUGCUAUAAAGCAAGCCCGUAUUUUAUCUUUGUUACCUUUUCUUAAUAAUGAGAAACAAUUUGAGAGAGCCGAGUCGAUCCCCAGAACUACUGGUCCUAGAACCAAAAAUAAAUAGACAUACUCUUCAAUUGACUCAAAACUCCAAUUGUAACUCAAGCUCAGAUUGAUGUUUUGUUCGAAAAGGCCUAGAAUCUAGAGCGGGUUCCUGUGUUAUAAGAAACAAAAAAUGGAGAAAAUUUUUUUUAUUGAAACAUAUUCGUUCAUUCCUAUUACUAUCUUAAUUUCUUUUUAUUCUAUUUUCCCGGAGUUCCUUCUCCGGGGAAUUCUGUUUCAAUCAUUCCUGUACUGUAUAUUACUUUAGAAUCUACUUUAUUUGAUGAUCUUGUUGGAAAUCAUGUAAAGACAAUUCUUAUUUGAUAUAGCUAUUUGUGCAGGUAUUUUACGAUUAAGAAGCAAUUGCUUCUUGUACAGAUUGUGUAUUAAUCUACUAUAACUAUACAAUACCUUAUUAUCACGAGUUACUGCAUUUAUCCGAGUGAUCCACAAACGACGAAAAUCCCUCUUUUGCCUGCCUCUAUCUCGAUGAGAGGAAGCCAAAGCUCUCAUUUUCUGUUGAGUAAUCGUUCGAGUAAGUCUUGAAUGAGCUCCUCUAGAGGUUGAUGCAAAUAAACGAAUUUUUGUUCGACGUCUCCGAGCUGUAUAUCCCCGUCUAACUCUGGUCAUUGAAUCAAAUUAAACCUUAAUGAAUAACUAAUUGAUUUCGAUUCUUUCAGUCAUCCUUUUCCCCUCUCACGGUCGAUUAAUAACAAAACGGAUUAUUCCGAUAUAUAAAAUAUAAAUUCCAAUGGCUUUUGCUACUAUAACCUUCCUGACCACAAUUUUUUAUUCCGUCCAGGCAUUUCACCUGCAAAUAAGAAAUUAUAAUGAUACUCAAAAAAAAUAGUGGGUUCCAUCGUUUCUAUGGUUACUUCUUAAACGGUGAGGUCCUCUCUAUACACCGGAGCCUCUUCUUUCAUUUAACCAAAUGGUAUUGUGAACUUGUAUAGUUCACACUCUUUGGCUCUACCCAUCAAUUAUAGAGUAAUAACUCUUUUCACACUAAGAGUUAUCUAUACAGUGACGGCAUUUAAUUAGGAAAGUUGGCUAGGUAGCUGACCCUCUUAGUCCGCUCUUUUAACAAUAGGCGCAUAAUCUUUUUGCUUCUUAUAAUACUAUUUCCUCCGCUUAAUGGAUAACUAUUUGCUACCAAUGGGGAAUUGCUUUUCAUCUCAAAUCUAGGUGAUUGGAUUUGCACCAAUGGAAACCAUAAAUUCCAUACACAAUAUAGGUAUAUGAUAGAUCUUUUCCAUUUACCCUAUUCAUUGGUACCGGUCAUUGACACUGGAAAAAUUGUCUCAUUUGUUCGAACUCAUGAUCUGAACGAGUCGCACAUACACCCUAGUACAUGUUCCUCGACGCUGAGGACAUCCUCUAAGAGCGGGAGAUUUCGUAACAUUUCUUAUCGGCUGUCUUGCGUUUCUAAUAAGUUGUUUAAUAGUUGGCAUGUCGUAUAUAUAUAUAUGUAUAUAUAGAAUUAGAAUGGAAUGGGUUGGUUUAGAUCGAUCUUAACCUGAUGAUUGGAUUGAUGAUUAUGAAUUUUUUCUAUUCAAUACCAAAUCACAGAAAAUUCGAAUUAUGGUUUGAAAUGGAUUUACACGAAAUCCCCGGUAUUUUCAUUUUCGACCGCUACGAGAUCAACAAUGCCAUGAGCUUGGGCUUCUGUUGCUGACAUAAAAACAUCCCUUUCCAUGUCUUCGGAUACAACCCAUAAAGGCUUGCCCGUUCUUUGUACAUAAACCUUUGUGAGGGUUUCACGAAGUUUCAGUAGUUCUUCCAUUUCCAGGACAAAUUCCCCUGUUCGUGAUUCAUAAAAAGAACUAGCAGGUUGAUGAAUCAUGACCCUAAAUAUAUUGAUAUUGAUAUAACAUCAUGAACGGUUCCUCUAUCUCGUAUGAUUGGGCUAAUGUAAGGGAUAAAAAAAAAAUAACAAGAAGAAAUUGAACAACCGUACAGGCAUCUUCUGUGCGUUGCAUACGGCUCCGCAAUGGAAUUUACUUUUUUCUUCUCUUCUAUUCUAUCUAAGAAAGAAAGAGAAUCCAUCUGAUUCAGAUCGUUGAAUGAUCCAUUUACCACCCUUCCUUUCGUAGGAGUCAAAAAUACUAUGAUGGUUCUGUUGCUUUAUAUAUUUAUCUCGUCUGUGAUUUAGCAAUCCCAAAGUGCCUUUCUGAUACGAUCAAAUAAGGAAAACUGAUCUUUUUUUUUUUCAUUUUCGUACUCUUCCAUAACAUAAAUAUCAGAAAGAAACUUCUGGUGUGGAAGAAAAAUGGUUUGUGACGCUGAAAUGUACCCCCGACACAUAAAAUCAACAAAUCGGAAAUAACCUUUGUUUCAUACUACUAUCUCGAUACAAAAUCUCAUGUUAUGAAAAAACAAUAAUGGUUUGUUCAUAUCGAACUCGAAGUGCCAUGCUAUUAUUACUUAUUAUUCAUAUUCAAUAUGGCGAAGGCAUAGUCUUUCUUUUUUUUUUCAAAUAAAAACUCAUUGGCGCCAAGCGUGAGGGAAUGCUAGACGUUUGGUAAUUUCUCCUCCGAUCAGAAUGAAAGAUCCCAUAGAAGCGGCUAACCCCAUGCAUAUUGUAUGCACAUCGGGUGGCACAAAUUGCAUAGUAUCAUAAAUAGCUAUUCCUGAUACUACCCAUCCGCCGGGAGAGUUUAUAAACAAAAAAAGAUCCCUAGUAUUAUCUUCUAUACUGAGAUAUACCAUGAGACCAACAAUUUGAUUUGAGAUCUCGCUAUUAACCUCUUGACCUAAAAAAAGUAAUCUUUCUCGAUGAAGUCGGUUGAUUAGGACAAAAUUGGUUCCUUUAGGAACUGUACGUGCACCUUUGGAUGCAUACGGUUCAAAAAAAUUGCGAAAAAAGAAUCAAUGUGUCGAUUCCAGUUCUAUUUUUUUUUUUUUUUUUUCUGUAAUAGGUUUUUGUUUUUCUAAUAAAGCUUCCAUUUUUAAAAAGACAUGAGAUGAGUUUUGGCUUCCUUACCUAUAAAAAAAGAAUUUACUGAACUUAUUGAAAUUGAACAAAUCUCUCUCAUUGAUGUAUUGUUUCAUCGACAUUCAAAUCACGAUGUAAUUUUCUUGUUUCUGAAUGGGCCUUUUCAAUUCUUUUAGGUUCAUGUUCUACUCCGGGAAAAGAUCUGUCCGAAUUCCAUUUGCACAUAUAGGGCAAAUGGUCUCAGUACCACUUCUUUUUGUUACGACUUUUUUUUUCAAUUCGUUUCAUGCCUUUCCCCAAUCAUUCGAUGUACUCAUCAUACUAUUCCGUUGGUUAUUGGUUGGACGUUUGAAAUCACUCCUAUAAUAAGGAUAAGAAUCGUUUAUGAUACAAGCGGUAAUCAUACAUUACAUGGAUUACCAAUUUGGUAUUUUCUGAACGGAGCCUGGAUACUUUAUUACUUUAUUUUAUCUGGAUACUUUAUUACUUUAUUUUAUUUUUAUUUUUCCAAGUCAACCAUAAAUUCUCCUAAUUGAUCCUCAAAAUAAAUAAAUUGAUCUAAUUGCACUUCACGCUCCGAAUGAUUGAUGGUUCACUCAAUACAAUAUUUCUUAGGCGAAACAGAGGAUAUUUCGAUCGAGGGAGAGAACGGGUAAAUUCCAUAUAACCCAAUAUGUCUGACAAGUCGCACUAUAAGUCAACCCAAACUGCAUCUUCCUCUCCAGGACUCCGAAAAGGUACUUUUGGAACACCAACGGGCAUUAAAUUAAAGAAAAAAUUGAGUACUAUACUUCACUUUAAUGUGGAAACAUAACAAUGGCUUUAUCGUCUUCAUCCCUUUUUCUGUUUAUUGUAUUUUAUACAUAGAUUUUUAUACAUAAAUUGGAAGGUUUAUUUUAUAGAGUAAGACAGAAUGAAUAAAGAAAAAUUUUAACUAACGGAUCAAUCGUUGGAGUAAUAAACAAGUAUCUAUGCAUUCGUUUCCCGAAAGUAGAACUAAUCCUCCCAUUGCGUAUUGGUACUUAUCGGGUAUAGAAUAGAUCUGCUUCUCUUUGUUCUUACGAACAGAAUUGUUCCAUUAUUUUCAAUGGAACGGAAUAAAAAUUAACCCUUUCUCAUACGGAAUCUACUGAAAAGGUUAGAUACAUAGUAUAGUCUUUUCCAAUGCGAUAAAAUAAAGUGACAUAGUGUCUAUUUUUCUUUGAUAAAGGGGUAUUUCCAUGGGUUUGCCUUGGUAUCGUGUUCAUACUGUCGUAUUGAAUGAUCCCGGUCGAUUGCUUUCUGUCCAUAUAAUGCAUACAGCCCUAGUUGCUGGUUGGGCCGGUUCGAUGGCUUUAUACGAAUUAGCGGUUUUUGAUCCCUCUGACCCCGCUCUUGAUCCAAUGUGGAGACAAGGUAUGUUCGUUAUACCCUUCAUGACUCGUUUAGGAAUAACCAAUUCGUGGGGUGGUUGGAGUAUUUCAGGAGGAACUGUAACGAAUCCCGGUAUUUGGAGUUAUGAAGGUGUGGCAGGGGCACAUAUUGUGUUUUCUGGCUUGUGCUUCUUGGCAGCUAUCUGGCAUUGGGUGUAUUGGGACCUAGAAAUAUUCUGUGAUGAACGUACGGGCAAACCAUCUUUGGAUUUGCCUAAGAUCUUUGGAAUUCAUUUAUUUCUCUCAGGGUUGGCUUGCUUUGGCUUUGGCGCAUUUCAUGUAACAGGUUUGUAUGGUCCUGGAAUAUGGGUGUCCGAUCCUUAUGGACUAACUGGAAAAGUACAACCCGUAAGUCCAGCGUGGGGCGCAGAAGGCUUUGAUCCUUUUGUUCCCGGAGGAAUAGCCUCUCAUCAUAUUGCAGCGGGUACAUUGGGCAUAUUAGCAGGCUUAUUCCAUCUUAGUGUCCGUCCGCCUCAACGUCUAUACAAAGGAUUACGUAUGGGCAAUAUUGAAACUGUACUUUCCAGUAGUAUCGCUGCUGUUUUUUUUGCAGCUUUCGUUGUUGCUGGAACUAUGUGGUAUGGUUCAGCAACUACCCCAAUCGAAUUAUUUGGUCCCACUCGUUAUCAGUGGGAUCAGGGAUACUUUCAGCAAGAAAUAUAUCGAAGAGUUAGCGCCGGACUAGCCCAAAAUCUGAGUUUAUCGGAAGCUUGGUCUAAAAUUCCCGAAAAAUUAGCUUUUUAUGAUUACAUUGGUAAUAAUCCAGCAAAAGGGGGAUUAUUCAGAGCAGGGUCAAUGGACAACGGGGAUGGAAUAGCUGUUGGGUGGUUAGGACACCCCGUCUUUAGAGAUAAAGAAGGGCGCGAGCUUUUUGUACGUCGUAUGCCUACCUUUUUUGAAACAUUUCCGGUAGUUUUGGUAGAUGGAGACGGAAUUGUUAGAGCCGAUGUUCCUUUUAGAAGGGCAGAAUCAAAGUAUAGUGUUGAACAAGUAGGUGUAACUGUUGAGUUCUAUGGUGGCGAACUCAAUGGAGUCAGUUAUAGUGAUCCUGCGACUGUAAAAAAAUAUGCUAGACGUGCCCAAUUAGGUGAAAUUUUUGAAUUAGAUCGGGCUACUUUGAAAUCUGAUGGCGUUUUUCGUAGCAGUCCAAGGGGUUGGUUCACUUUUGGCCAUGCUACGUUUGCUUUGCUCUUCUUUUUCGGACACAUUUGGCAUGGCGCUAGAACCUUGUUCAGAGAUGUUUUUGCUGGCAUUGAUCCAGAUUUGGAUGCUCAAGUGGAAUUUGGAGCAUUCCAAAAACUUGGGGAUCCAACUACAAAGAGACAAGUAGUCUGAUACAACAUUGCUCUGGUAUCUUUCGCCUCUUUUUUUGAUUUGACAUAGGGUUAGGGUACUGAAGAAAUCUUGACUUGAAUCACCAUCUUUUCUUUGACUCUUUCCUUUUCUUUAUAUGGUAAAUGAUGCCAAAUGAAUAGGUGU